UGAGCCCUCAUCUGGCUCGGCCUUGGACUUGGCAGCAGAUGGUCUCCCUCUCAGACUCAGGCGUCAGCUGCUCACAUGCAGUUAGACGCUGAGGUUUGCAGAGGGAAGCACACAGUCACACUCCUGACAAACUCCUGACAGCUCGCUCCCUGCUCAGUUUACUGGAGUUUCACAAACUCCCACUGGAGACAUUUGAUUCUGAGAUUAGGCUCACAUUCAUACUCUGAAGAUAUGCCUCAUUCCAGGUGCACAAUAGGAAACAGUUUAGCAGAAGUUCUCCGUGCAGGAGCUUCCUCUCUCCCUGGACGAAACAUGCAGGAUGCUGUGUGCUCCCACUGUCAAUGAACAAAGUGGAGUCCAACAACAACAACAACCGUCCAACAAUAGAAGCAAUAAUCCUCCAAGAUGGCAGUCCCUUCAUUCAAUGUCACUGAGGAGCCUGAAGCUGGAUUAGCUGAGGUGGACAUAUGUGCACUUGACAUUAAUAUCAAGCAUGAAGUCAUCCCAUCUUUUGUGUGCUCUAUUUGCCUGUCACUCGGACUCAUCUACUGCUUUUUUGGUUACCGAUGUUACAAGAUGGUCAUGUUCUUCUCCGGCUUCAUGUUCAGCUCUGCGGCGGUGCUCCUGUUUUACCACAAGGAGCCCGUGUUGGACGUGACGCUGGGGGCCGAGACGAAGGCGGGGAUCGGUCUGGCUGUGGAUGUUCUCUGCGGGCUGACGACCAUGCUGGUGCCCGCCCUGGGACUGAUCUUCAGCGGCAUGCAGCUGGGUGGCCUGCUCUCCCUCCCCCUUCUGGUGAUCAUGGGACAGUUUCACAGCCUCACUCCGGUGUGGGUGCCUCUCAGUGCCUUUUUGGCUGCUGGCAUCGUCGCCGCUGUCUUCACACUUCAGUGGCAGAAACUUUUCACCAUCAUUUACACAUCUGUGCUGGGAGCCACCACUGUGAUGCUGUGUGUGGAUUAUAUGAUUGGGACGUUUGUGCUGCCAGAUCAGGUGUACGAUCUGCUCUGUCAAGCCGCCCCACGUCGGCUCUGCUGGUUCAGCUGGGCCAUCACAGGGAUAUGGCCUACCUUGAGUCUGAUAGGCGUGUUGGUGCAAUGGAGGUUUACUGCCAAAGGAGUAUCCCACAGAGACGAUAAAAAACAGAAGAAAUAUGUAAAGAAGCACAGACACAGAGAGACGAGGGCAAGGCCUCGAGCUUACCGUCGGCGCAGACCUCCUGUGCUGAAUCGCUACGCCGGGGACGUCCUGGCACCGAGUUAUCUCCGGAGCCUACAGGAGCACCGGAUGGGAACAGGCUCCUCCACCAGCAGCGUCAGCACCAUCACCCACACACUGAUUGACUUUGACUAUGAGACAGGCUCCAUGGUGCCUCUGACUGCUUCCUCUCCUGUCUUUAAUUUCUGAAGGAACUCACAGCAUCAGAUAUCUUUUUUUAAACUUAUAGUUGAACAGUCAUUCAAAAGUUCACUUCCGACAGAAACAUAUCAACCACUUCCCCUGCUGGUAGAGCCACUCUAUAAGCAGUCAUCAUCAGACCCCCGCUUCGUUUGAACAGUUUGACUCACAGACACUUUUUGUUUUUAAUAUUGAGAUGUUUUGUUUUGCACACCGCCAUGAUAAACUUAAAUACUACCCAAUGUACAUCGUGCCUAGAUUAGUUUGGGUUGUAAACAAGGAACUUGCUCCAACAUAUGUGAAUAAAUUAUGAACAUGUUUCAGAAUAAUAUAGGAGAAUGUUGUACAAUUAAAACAAAUAAAGCCUUGAUUUAACAGAAAGCUUA